AUGGAAGACCAGGCCACGAUCUGGUACCGGAUCAACGAGACGGGCGAAACCAAUGUCGUGGACAUUCCGAAGGGUAAGAUGAUUGGCCAUCUGAAGACUGCCAUCCAGCAGCAGAAUCCAUCAUUGGAUGUGAGCAAGAUCACCAUCUACCAGUCCGAGCAGCACUUCAAGGACAAGAAGCAGGCGCUGAAACCCACAGCAGCGAUCGCGGAGCCCCAUGGCAAGAAUGGCGACAACCCGCUCUACAUCCACUACGAGCAGCCAUCAACAUCAGCAUCAAGUACAGACCAGCUGGAGAUUGCCAAGAUCGCCCGCACCACCCAAGAAAUUGCCCAAAAGCAGGAUGAGAUUGCCGAAAGGCAGGAUGAGAUUGCCGAAAGGCAGGAUGUUUUCGCAGGCCUGUUGUGCAGAAUCCGCCCAGCUUCCCACAGUACCUGGAACCCGCGUUGGAAGGCCACGGUGAUGAAAGCGUAUGGGGUGCAGUAUUGCGUUGUCUUGCAUGCCCUGCGGGAGAGUUGGAGAGCUGACAGCCCGCACCAUGUAUGGUACUGGCCGUUCGAGGACAUCAAGAUCAGCACCGUUGGUGACCACAUCUUUCCAAAAGACGAAGUUGACGGGAACCUUGCAAGGCAGUGUGAGAUCGAUGUCAAUGAUCCAAGGAACGGUUUGCCUCUCCUCAAGCACAUCGAAGAGAAAUAUGGAUGUGGCCACAUUCAGAUUGUGCUGCUUAGCGAGACUCCUGGUGGCGGCAUGGAUGUGCAGGUUUUGGUCGCCAGGGAUAUUAAGACUGAUCCCAUCAUGACCUCUGACGAUGCUUGGCACGGCCUUCCGCGCCGCGAGAUCUGGCUCCAUUGCCGCAGGAUUACCUUUGGCGACUUGCAUGGCCUGAUAGUGCAUUUGGCGCAGUGCCCUUACAGGCGCAGCCUCUAUCACAAAGCAGCAAUGGCACACGGCGAGCAUUCGGAUGAGUUCGCUCAUCCGUCGCAGAACAUGGAGACGUACCGCACGGGGUGUGACAAGAUGCAGUUGAUAGAACGUUUUUUCCGGUCACAGCAUCACAUCCUGCCAUCGACAGCGUAA